CUACCUCUGUUCACUUGAAAAGUGCAUCCAUUCCCCUAACUUUUCUUCACCAGACCGCAGCAUUAUUAUGCAAUGAGGCAUACACAGAAUCAUGAUCUUAUCAAGAGUGCAAAGGGGCUGUAACAUAUUAUUUGCAUGCUGCAUAUCUGAUCACAAUAUGAAUGGCUUCAUGUCUCAACUGUUAUAGGUGGGUCCACAAUACGCGCUCCAGGUCGCGUUGGGUGUGGUGGAUUCAGCACACGCGCAACACGUACGCAUGUCAGGCAGACAUGUUCUCGCAUUCUGGCAAGAUAUGGUGGCUAGAUGGGGAGGUGGCGCGAGCGGCAUUGCGGCGGCAGAGAGAGAGCGCUGCCUUGCUUCAUGAAGCGGCCGCGGACACACAGCGGCGCUGCUGCAGGCAGUUCGAUGCUCGCUGCGCAGCGCUCACGUGCUUUCUUUCGUGCUGUGCCGCGUUCCGUCGUGUGUGCUUCGCUCGAUCUCGUCCGCGCCGUUUUACAAAACACGGCGUGCAUUGUUCGUGCAAGUCAUCGUGCGUUACCGCCACCAUUAUGGACUCAGGCGUCAAGAAGAAGAAAACGACGCAGACGCACUGCUUCGCACCCGGCUGUUCGUCCGGGUACGUCUCGUCGAGGAGAUCUGGUCAACGUGUGUCGUUGUUUUCCGUGCCGAAAGAGCCUGAACGCUUAAAAGCAUGGCAGCGUGCAGUGCCACGUGCAGAUCAAGUCCUCGACGCAAGCUCAAGAAUCUGCGAGCUUCAUUUUGAUGAGCAGUAUAUUGUGCGAUCGUUUACGCACCUGAUCAACGGCGUGACAGUGACGAUUCCUCGCGAUCGACCUGUGCUGACAAGCGAUGCGAUUCCGACUGUGUUCCCCAACCUCCCGCAGUAUUUGUCGAAGAAGGCACCCCAGAAAAGAAAGUCGAAAACGUCGACUUGCGGCCUUCCUGUGAAGUCUCCGAGGCAUGAGGCAAGUAAUGCCGCGUGUGCUGACGAGGUAGACGUAGAAGAAAGAAGCGCGUCGCCUGAAGUCAACUCCCCAGUGCUGCCUGAUGUGGGGAACUGCCGAUUGCCCAGCGCUUACUGGACGCGGCAGUUGAUUGCUGGAGAGGGCAAUGUCACGGCCUUCACAGUAUGUGCAUUGCAUCGCGAAAGCUUGUAUAUUGAAAAAGUGGUAGUGUUCAUUGCGAAUGACAGUUCAAUUCACGCGAACGUUUUCGUGCAAGCCACAAAAGUACGUUCAAUGGUGCUCACUGACGUGGCAGUGGCUGAAGACCUGCUGCGGUAUGUUGAUAAGCUGAUCCCAUGCAAAGGAUUUGGACAAGAAGGCGAGUUCAGCCCCAACCUGAAGCGCAGAGAGAAGACGCAUGGCGGCAAAGUAUUCAGUGCUUCCUGCUUCGGUGUUGCACAGUCAGCAAAGCAGGCAUGCCCACAGUGCAAGUAUCUCAGGAAGCUCCUGCAGAAUCAGGCUUCCUACAGGAGGACACGUAAUACUCGUGGUCGGACAGCGUCAUACAAGCUAAAGCUUCGAACUGCGCAACUGAAAAGAAGCAGGCUCAGCAAUUCUCAAAGGCAAGUCUUUGAUCCAGAACCUAAAGGAAAAAAAUGCGCAGAUCGACUCGGAAAUCUUUGAGCAAGCAGUACAAGCUCUGCCUGUAAAGCAGCAGCAACAGGUCAGAGCAUGUCUGGCAGCAUGCAUGCGCAAAAGCACGAAAGGGAUGAAGUAUGAGGCAGAAUGGGUAUUGGAAUGUGCAGUCAUGUGCA